UACCGACAGAGAUUUUAGUGACGCAAUAUUAGAGCCUACGGUGGACCCUGACAGUGGAAAUCAAAAUGAUCGUUCUCAGGAUAACAGAAAGAUUAGGGUAGAGCUAUAGCAAAGAAUAUCAAAUGACAGACAAUCAACUUGUUUAAAGCCCGUUUUGAGUCAUGAUUUUGUCUUGUAGGCCAUUAGGCCAAUCCAGCAGUUUUUUUUUUGUUGCUGCGAAAUCAAUUCCCUGCUAAACAAAGCUAUAACGAUACGCGGAGGAGCUAUAUUUUACUUCACUGCUUUUGUUGAAUUGUGUAGGUGGCAUUCGCCGUUUCUCGCUCUGUAAACAAUAUUAUUUGAUUAGACUUGUUAAUUAGCGUGCAAUGAGAGAUGAAUACACCUCGAAUAUGUAGUUGUGACGUCUGACUUCGAGGAAUUACAAAAAGCAUCUGGACAGCGAGAUGGAUCAACAGAAAGACUAUAUGAAACAAGCAGCGUGAAAGGGUCUGUCUUAACUGAAACCCAAUAACGAUAUUGGUCAACCUGAGACUUUGGAAGGAAAAAGGAUCUCUCCUCCAUGCUAAGAUGCUGGCUUCUUCAGGACUAAGAAAUGCAUACGAGGUAUCAUGUUUGGCGAGAGAAGAGCUCCAGUAACAAUGCCUAAACCCAAGCCUGCACCCCUUGGGGAAGAAUGGUUUACUCCACUGUCGUUCCCCCUGUGGAGGCAGGGGAGUUCAACAAUGCCAGCCUCUGCUGCCUCGUCAUGAGGCUGCUGAACCUCUCUGACCACCUCCUCCAGGGCCAACCUGACAUGGAAGACAUGUCCAUGCAAAACAGCUCCAAUGGCAUCUCCUGGUCACCUCUGGACCUGGGCACAGUCACGCCAACAUCUGAGGCCCAGGAUAGUGUGCAGGGCGUCAGCCUGCCCCUCCAGGUGUUCUUCUGCAUGGCCAUGGUCUCCAUCCUGCUGGUGGCCUUCCUGGGGAACGUGGUGGUGGUUCUGAUGGUCUACCAGCGUGCUGCCAUGCGAUCUGCCAUCAACAUCCUAUUGGCCAGCCUGGCCUUCGCAGACAUGAUGCUGGCUGUCCUCAACAUGCCCUUUGCCCUGGUUACUGUGGUGACCACACGCUGGAUUUUCGGGGAUGUUUUCUGCCGAGUGUCGGCAAUGUUCUUCUGGCUCUUUGUCAUAGAGGGCAUGGCUAUCCUGCUUAUAAUAAGCAUAGAUCGGUUCCUGAUCAUAGUCCAGAAACAGGACAGGUUGAGUCCCCACAGAGCCAAAGUGUUCAUAGUCAUCACUUGGACUCUCUCCCUCUGUUUCUCUUUCCCACUAGCCACAGGUCACCCUUCUCUCCAGAUCCCCUCUAGAGCUCCACAGUGUGUGUUUGGCUACACCAGCGAGCCGGGGUAUCAUGCCUACGUGUUGCUCCUCAUGAUGGCCUCCUUCUUCAUCCCCUUCAUGGUCAUGUUGUACACUUUCAUGGGGAUCCUGAACACCAUCCGACACAACGCUGUGCGCAUCCACAGCCACCCGGACAGCAUCUGCCUUAGUCAGGCCAGCAAGCUGGGCCUCAUGAGCCUGCAGAGGCCCUUCCAGAUGAACAUAGACAUGAGCUUCAAGACACGUGCCUUCACCACCAUACUCAUCCUCUUCUCGGUGUUCACCAUGUGCUGGGCGCCCUUCACCGCCUACAGCCUGGUUUCCACCUUCAGCAGCCCCUUCUACCACAAGGCCAACUUCUUUGAAGUCAGCACCUGGCUCCUUUGGUUGUGCUACCUCAAGUCGGCCCUCAACCCUCUCAUUUACUACUGGCGGAUCAAGAAGUUCCGCGAUACAUGCCUUGACCUGAUGCCCAAGUACUUCAAGUUUCUCCCUCAGCUGCCCGGCCACACGAAGCGGCGUAUUCGACCCAGCGCUGUGUACGUGUGUGGGGAGCAUCGCUCUGUGGUCUGACUUGGAGGACACGGACUUCACUGCCAUGUAGGUUUUGUUCGACCAUUUAUCCAAUUUGCUCUCACCAGUCAAAUACAUGAGGAGUUGGGAUUGCUGUUUCGACAAGGACAGUAUAUUUUAGCUGUGUUGAACUUGUUUACAAAGCAUGUAAAUUAACUGCUUCUGUGGUUUUGAUUAUGGUGAAAGGCAGCCAGGCUAUUCCAUUUUUUUCAUUGAUAUUUCUGUUUGUUUUGUGCCUAUUAAUUAGUCUAUGCCAGUCAGAAUGCUGCUACAUCUGCUGAAAAUGUGCUAUUUCAGUGUACUGCACUUAGGCCUCUCUUGAAUGUAAUAAAACAUUUACAUUUCUUACCAUGUUUAUACAGUCUUUGGCAUUUACUUCUGGUUUGGUUUACUUCUUUAUAUCUCAUGUUAGAUUUUAGACUUAUACUGUACUUCUGCAAUUAUACUAUGGUUUACACACGUCAUAAAAAAAGGCAAAGAAAAUAAAAAAGUUCCUUAGCAACCCACUAA